CUCGCCCUCGGCCUGCCGGGGCUCCCCGGAGUGCAUGGGCGCAGGUCGGGCGGCCCUGGGGGCCUGAGCGGCCGCGCCGCCUCCGCGCCCCGCGCCAUGGAGGGCGCAGAGCCCCGCGCGCGGCCAGAGCGCCUGGCAGAGGCCGAGGCGCGGGCGGCCGAUGGCGGGCGCCUGGUGGAGGUGCAGCUGAGCGGCGGCGCCCCUUGGGGCUUCACCUUGAAGGGCGGCCGCGAGCACGGCGAGCCGCUGGUCAUCACGAAGAUCGAAGAAGGAAGCAAAGCCGCGGCAGUGGACAAGUUGCUGGCCGGAGAUGAGAUCGUUGGUAUCAAUGACGUCGGUCUGUCGGGGUUCAGACAGGAAGCGAUUUGCCUGGUGAAGGGGUCGCAUAAGACCCUGAAGCUGGUGGUAAAAAGGAGGAAUGAGCUGAGCUGGAGGCCGCACUCGUGGCACGUCACCAAGUUCUCCGACAGCCACCCCGAGACGUCGGCGUCUCUAUUCCCUUCUACCGGCUCCUGCCCCUCAUGGCCAGGCCAGCACCACGCCAGCUCCUCCUCCCAGGACCUGUCGAGCGGCGCGUGGGAGCAGACGAAUCUGCAGUGCACCUCUGACCACUUCAGCUCCCUGGGGAGCGUGGACAGCCUGGACCAGCCUGCCCAGUCCUACCCCUCCGGGCGCCUCUCGGCUGCCAAGUCUAACAGCAGCAUCGACCACCUGGGCGGCCCGAACAAGCGGGACUCCGCUUACGGCUCCUUCUCCACCAGCUCCAGCACGCCUGACCACACCCUGCCCAAGGCGGAUGCCUCCUCUGCUGAGAACAUUCUCUACAAAGUGGGCCUUUGGGAGGCCUCCGCCGGAGGCAGCGACCGCCAGGGCCUGGCUGCCGGUGACCCUCAGUGUGUGGACGAGAGGCUCGGGUGCUUCCCCCCCAGGGUCCCCUGUGACAGCCGCAGGAGCCCCAGGCCCGAGGACAGUCCUGAGCCCAAGCUAGCUGCUUCCGGGAGGUCCAGUUUUGGGCCGGUCUGGCAUGUUCCCGAUAAGAAAAAGGCCUCUUCGUCCCCUCCUCCGCCCCCUCCCCCUCUCCGCAGUGACAGCUUUGCUGCCACCAAGAGCCACGAGAAGACCCAGGGCCCUCCAUUCUCAGAGGCGGCCACCACGCAGUACCCUCCGGGCCUGACCCGCGCUCAGUCCCACAGCGACUGGAGACCGGAAGCGGCCGAUCAGCCGCAGAGACCAGCGCGCCCGGGCGACGGGAGGAGAGCCGGGAGCUCGGGCUGUGCGCCGGCUGUGCCCCUGGACUGCGGGUGGCCGCCCUGCGACAGCGGGGCCAGGGCCCUCCCGGGGGCCCCCAGCCGGCUCCAGGCCUCCCUGUCCAGCACGGACGUGCGCUGCCCGCAGCCUUCGCCCGCGUGCCAGCACCCGCGCCAUUCCAGCGACGAGGGCCCCUUCUUUCACGAGGGGCCCAGUGCCGCCACGUGGCUCAGGGAGCAGCCGCCUGCCGAGCGCUUCCCGGAUGACAGCCCCGCUCAGGCGGGGCGGCCCAGCGCCGGCCACCAGAAGGGGGACUGUGGCGCGCAGAGCCGCUACUACUGCGUGACCUCGCGACGCGGCCCGCAGGGGGGCGCCCCGGCCGCGCAGCCCCGCUGCUACCCGCCCCGGCUCGAGGGGCCCCCGGGCGCCCGGCAGAGGGGGAGGGGGGCGCCGGCCGACAGGGAGGCCGGGGGCCACUGCGAGGGAGCCGAGGAGCCGCCCGUGGCCGGCCUCGUGGAAGCAGCGAGUGUGAAGAGGGUCGCAGGCGGCUUCGCGUGGGCCCACGGGGGCGGCGAGAUCUGUCCCCUGCAGACGCCCAUGCUGCACUCGCUGACCCAGGAAGGGGCGCGCCGGCCCGAGGCCGGCCUCGAGGGCGCCCCGGAGAGGCCCCCGCCCGAGGCCCCGGUGGGCAAACCCAUGCGGAGGAGCGACCGCUUCGCCACCACCCUGAGGAAUGAGAUCCAGCUGCGGCGAGCCAGGCUGCAGAAGAGCCGGAGCCCGGCCACGCUGGCCGGCGCCGCGGAGGAGGAGGAGGAGGAGGAGGAGGAGGCGGCCGCGGCCGAGGCCGAGGCGCGCGGCUGGGGCCUGCAGCCGGCAGGGGGCGCCCCGGAAGCCGCCUUCUCCAGCACCUAUAAGGACCACCUGAAGGAGGCGCAGGCCCGCGUCCUGAGGGCCACGUCGUUCAGGCGCCGCGACCUGGAGCCCAGCCCGUCGGACCCCGACACCCUCCCUCGCGUCUGGGAGGCGGCCCCGGCCAGGCUGCCCUCGGGCGCCGGCGGCGCGCUGCACGCCUCGCGCAUCGCAGGCCGGAGGCGCUUCACGGCCGAGCAGAAACUGAAGUCCUACUCCGAGCCCGAGAAGAUAAACGAGGUGGGGCUCGCGGGGGACGACCGCCCGCGCCCGCGCCCCGCACCUCCCGGCGAGACCGUGCACACCUUUGCCGACAGGUGGAAGUUUUUUGAGGAAACCAGCAAGCCCGUGGGCCAGCGGCCAGGGCCGAGGCCGGCACCCGGUGGAUUCCCCAAGGAGAAGCCGGAAAGGCCUUGGACAGCGGGCCCUGGAAAGGAGGGAAAGCUGGGGAGGUCAGACCCGCCUCAGAGGCUGGGAACCUUUGCAGAGUAUCAAGCCUCGUGGAGGGCACAGAGGAAAGCCCCAGAAGCCAGGAGUUCUGGGAGGUACCACUCGGCAGACAACAUCCUGGACGUGGGUCUGGACCCACGCGAGAGGCCACAGUACAUCCACGGAAGGUCCCGGUCGUCGCCCUCAACCGACCUCUACAAGCAGGAAGCUCCUGUGGAAGUGCGACGGCAAACAGAGGACCCCGGUGCGCGCAGAGAGCUUUCUUCCAAAGUCCAGGCCGAGGAGGGAUGCCCCACCCCAAGACAAGCAGAUGCCCAGUGUGCAGAAGACAGUCCAGGAGCGCAGCGGGACCCCCAGCGGCCAUCCCAGGUCUCUGAACCACCUGGCGCCCGGGAAGCUCCCGAGGUGCCCCCGGAGGGCCGUGGCCGGGCGGGGACCCUUCCUUGCGAUUACCGAUACCCGGAGGAGCGCGCGCCCGCGGACCGGCCUGCCGCCCCGCACGCCCGGGGCCAGGACCCCCGGCCCCUGAGCGCCGCCCCGCUCUCCCGGAGGCCCGCCGCGCAGAGGCCGGCGCCACCCAGGCGUGAGCCCCGGCCCUUGGGGGGUGCGCCCGGCAGGCCCCGCCCCCUGGCCCCGGAGGUGCGCUCGUGCUCGGACCGCGCGGCCCUCGCCCGCAGCGGCCCCGGCGCCUCGGCGGAGAAGCUGAGCGGCGCCCGGCCCGCGGCAGAUGGCCCGCGGGCCGCGGGGGAGCCGGCCGGGCAGCAUGUAGACGAGCGCGCGGCCUGGCCCCGGCGGGAGGCGCCGCUCCCUUCCCAGUUCCGGCCCCUGCAGACCUCCGCCAUGGAGACCUCGCGCUCCCCGUCGCCUCAGUUCGCGCCCCAGCAGCUGACGGACAGACCCCCGCUGCUCAUCCAGGAUGACAAUUCCACCAGUACGCGGGCCUCUCACGGCUGUGGCCUCUCCCGUUGCGGGGCACAGGCUGCACGCUCGUGCUCGGACCGCGCGGCCCUCGCCCGCAGCGGCCCCGGCGCCUCGGCGGAGAAGCUGAGCGGCGCCCGGCCCGCGGCAGAUGGCCCGCGGGCCGCGGGGGAGCCGGCCGGGCAGCAUGUAGACGAGCGCGCGGCCUGGCCCCGGCGGGAGGCGCCGCUCCCUUCCCAGUUCCGGCCCCUGCAGACCUCCGCCAUGGAGACCUCGCGCUCCCCGUCGCCUCAGUUCGCGCCCCAGCAGCUGACGGACAGACCCCCGCUGCUCAUCCAGGAUGACAAUUCCACCAGAAUCGAGCGGGUGAUGGACGGCAACACCACGGUGAAGAUGGUGCCCAUCAAGAUCGUGCACUCGGAGAGCCGGCCCGAGAAGGAGAGCCGCCAGGGCCUGGCCCGCGUCCCGGAGCCACCCGUGCUGCCCGGCGGGCUCGAGCGGGACCAGAUCAAGACGCUUAGCACGUCCGAGCACUCCUACUCUCGCUUCUGCCUGUACAGCCGCCAGGGCGCCGAGCCCCAGCCCCCUGGCAGCCCAGUGCCCACGGCCAAGGACAGCCGGGCCUCCCCGCCCACGCUCAGCUACGUGAAGGCCAAGGAGAGGACUGCCGAAGACCUCAAGUCGGAGGAGCUGGCCCGCGAGAUCGCGGGCAAGGACAAGUCCCUGGCGGAUAUCCUGGACCCCGGCGUGAAGAUCAAAACCACCAUGGACCUUAUGGAGGGCAUCUUCCCCAAAGACGAGCACCUCUUGGAAGAAGCUCAGCAGCGGAGGAAGCUGCUCCCCAAAAUCCCCUCUCCCAGAACCAUGGAGGAGAAGAAGGAGGAGCUGAGUGUGCCGGCGGCCGUGUCCCUGGCCACCAACUCCACCUACUACAGCACCUCGGCCCCCAAGGCGGAGCUGCUGAUUAAGAUGAAGGACCUGCAGGGGCAGCAGGAGCCCGAAGAGGAUUCAGGGAGCGACCCAGACCACGACCUGUCGGUGAAGAAGCAGGAGCUCAUCGAGAGCAUCGGUCGCAAGCUGCAGGUGCUGCGGCAGGCGCGGCAGAGCCUGCGGGAGGACAUGCAGGCCAACAGCGCGCUGGGCGACGAGGUGGAGGCCCUGGCCAAGGCCGUCUGCAAGCCCAACGAGUUCGACAAGUUCCGCAUGUUCAUCGGGGACCUGGACAAGGUGGUGAACCUCCUGCUGUCGCUGUCUGGCCGCCUGGCCCGCGUGGAAAACGCCCUCAACAAUCUGGACGACAGCACCCCUCCUGGCGAUCGGCAAUCCCUGCUCGAGAAGCAGCGGGUCCUGAUCCAGCAGCACGAGGACGCCAAGGAGCUGAAGGAGAACCUGGACCGCCGGGAGGGCAUCGUGUCCGACAUCCUGGCCAGCUACCUCAGCCAGGACAGCCUGGCGGACUACGCGCACUUCGUGAGGAUGAAGUCAGCCCUCCUCAUCGAGCAGCGUGAGCUGGAGGACAAGAUCCACCUGGGCGAGGAGCAGCUCAAGUGCCUGCUGGACAGCCUUCCGCCCGAAAGAGGCAAGUGAGGGGCGCGCCGCCCGCCGCCUCCCUGGCUGGGGCGGAAGCCGGCCCCCUCCAGCUCCGGUCCCGAGGAGGCGGAUGAAAACCCCAGCCUGUAUUCGUGUCCUGGAGAGAGAAUCCCCCCCAGAACCAAAGGGCUGUUAGAAAAGCAAUAAUUUCCGUGGGUGCGUUUGGGAUGACUUAUUUAAUGUCUUAGUUUCCCUCUGAAUGCUGAGCAGAGUGGCUCCCCGUCAGCCACCCCCCAUGGCGCCCUGGUGAACGGUGAGUUCCCGAGUACGGACUGGGCUCUGGUCCCGAGGUGCACGCACGUGGUCCUUGCCGGCUCGGGGCUGCCCUUCCGUCUUCCCACGCCGCACCCCUUCCUCCGCUCAGGAGGGAAGGAGCGCGUGUCGGGCACAGCCUGGCGCACGAGCUCUCCGGUGGGUCACUGGAGGUGGCGGCUGCCGGCUUCUCCUGGGGGUCCCGAAGUGUUGAGCAUUCAUUGUGUCUGUCAUACAAGGAUGAUCUCCAGCCCAGCACAAAUCAUGAUGAUGAUGGAACUUUAAUAACACUCUACAAAGGUGAAUGGUUUUCCACGUGGUUCAAACCAACUGUGAAAAGAAGAGCUUACACGCUGGGUUCACUCAUUCUAAAACUGCCCCUUAAAUAGCGUUCGCGCUUUAAAGCACACACAAAGCAGACAGAUGCUUUUAGGACUUCUCGGCUGACAUCACGGUUCAGAUGAUAUUUUCCUGCAAAGAGAAAUUACUUGGCUAAAAGCGUGUCCAGUAGUAAUGUGCUUGCUAGGUGUUUUUUUCUUAAGGCCGACGAGAUAUUUCCUAACUUUCUUUUUCCCCAGAACGUUUAUUUUGCGUGUGUAUGAUCCUUAAUUAUAAUUGGCAACUUCUCUCUCUUUGCCUCUCUCAAUUUGUUACCAUGCCGUAAGGGUCACAUGCCGUUUAAGAACCGUUGCUCUGGUUUCUCAGAGGGCCCGGUGGACCACAGAACUCCUAGACCCGAUCUUUUUCUGCCACACGGUAUACAGCCCCUGUACCCUUUUUCAUUGGUUGAAAUUGUGAUAUUGUAAAGAAAGAGUCUAUUCACUAAAGAAAACACUGUCAAGCUGUCAUUUUCCAGUGGACAGAUCACAGGCUAGGAGAAGAUACUUGCAAAUCAUGUAUGUGACAAACCAUUUGUAUCCAGAAUGUAUACGAACUCUCAAACUUAACAGUAAGAAAACAGUCUAAUUAAAACGGGCAAAAGACUGAAAUAGACACUUCACCAAACAAACAGGGUAUAUGCAUGGCGAGUAAGCACGUGAAUUGAUGUUCAGCCACCAAUGGCAUGGUUCUCACAUACUUACUUUUAAUCUGAUCACUGUGGAGUGGUGUGUUUCGUCACAAUGCUCAUCUGAUGAAAUGUGUGGUUAAUGGCGGGAGAAGCCCUAGGAUGACUUCACGUUGAGGUGAUAUACGGACUUUGGUUUGAUCUGUGAGAUCAUUUUACUCCUCAUUUCCUCUUACUCCUAUAAAAGAAGUUUUCCAGCGGGGUGGGGGGGAGGGGGCGACUGCUGUCCCUUUGUCAGCAGUGGCCGCCGCCUUACCAAACACAGACGCACAUAAACGUCUUAGAGGACACUUAACUACUCCACGCUUCGCCAGCCAGAGGGGACACUGGACUCCCGGGCUGCCGCAGUGAUCUCCGUGCACCCGUAGAGGGGGGCCGACCUGGCAGGCGUCGGUGGUGCUGGCAAAAUUAACACUCCUUUGGCAGCCCACCGACGCCAAAGAGAAAUGCCUUUGCAACAGUUUUUACUCUUAUUCAGUUAAGCUAUUCCUGACUUGAAAAAUCCGUCUUCUGCCAACGAAGUGUCCUUGCCACGUGGUGUGGGUCACUUGCUGUGAAAACUGAUCACGUCAAGAAAGGUAAAGCUGGCUGCCCAUGGACCCCCCCCACCCACCCACCGCCCCUGCUUCCUCCCUCGGGGAGACAACCACGGUCAUUUCAGUGUGUUUUUAGUUGUCUCAAACUUUUACCUGUGAUUCUUUCCCUUGAAAUACAGUAUUGUGAUCAUUUUGAUGAUAUGUCUGUAAAAUGUGAAAAUAGAAUUUGUGUCUGUAUCCAGCUUUUUGGUGUCUUUUGAGAACUUUCUCUUCCACAUAGCAAUAUAUAGUGCUCUACUGUCCUUUUAACGAAGCACAUAGAAUCACAACAUUCCCGUUUGCCUCUUAAAUGUCUGGUUAGCGGGCACCCAAAGACGGCAGUGAGUCAAUGUACAUAACUUUGUAUAUAGUUAUGUUAUUGCAUAUAAAAACAAUCUGGUGCUAAUGUUUUGCCCUUGGCAUUCUUCGGUGGUGGCUGAUAGCUCACCCUCGGUCAUAGUUCAGCUGUGGAAUGCUCUGUAUAGCGAGAUUUCAGUCAGGGGCGUUGCCUGUGGCUUCUCUCCUGCAGUCCACUCUGGAAAACGCUUACACAUCUCACGCUCAGUACUUUCACUUACGUCUCAACAGAUCAUUCUGCUUGACGUUCACAAAAUAAAUGGUGUCUUUCGGUGA